AUGGUAGGAUGCACUUCUUGCCACACCCCUUUACCCUCCACAGUCAAGCUAUCAGCCUUUGGUGGUGCAAAAUUUCAUGAUCCUGCCUUUUACAGGUCUUUGAUUGGCAGCCUUCAAUACUUGACUAUAACAAGACCUGAAAUAUCUUUUAGUGUACACAAGCUGGCACAAUUUGUUCAAACUCCAUUAGAAUGUCAUUGGAAAAUGGUAAAAAGAGUGCUGAGGUAUUUGAGUGGAACUGCAAACUAUCAGUUGCAUCUGAAGAAAGAAAACUCUAUGUCAAUCAUUGCUUACAGUGAUUUGGACUGGGGUGGGGAUCUUGAUGAUAGGAAAUCCACCAAUGGCUAUUGUGUGUUCUUAGGGUCAAAUUUGGUAUCUUGGGCUUCAAGAAAGCAAACUGCAGUUGCAAGAUCCAGUAUAGAAACAAAGUACAGGAGCAUGGCAGACCUAGUCGCUGAGUUAAUUUGGGUAAACAACCUACUGUGUGAGCUUCAGUUCCCUCCCAAGGAGUCUCUCAUCCUGUAUUGCGAUAACUAG